GCUGCCAAAAGCUACCCCCACACUGUCGCACGCCUCAGAACACUCCGCGAACCCGCCGCCUCCGCCGCCGCCGCCGCCUAGUAAAGAUGAAAGCCAUUGGAAGCGGCGGCGAGUGGUGGUGGAACCUCCCGUCUAUCCGCCGAAAGAACGACUCGCGCCGCCGCGGCCGGCGGAACCAAGACGCUCGCGGCCGCCGCCGCGGACCCCCGCGGGAGCCCCUCUCAUCGUCGUCGGAAUCCGUCGGCCAAAGCAGCGGGUGGCCCCUCGACUUCCCAUUCAAGCAGGCCGUGACCGCUGCCUGUCUCACCCUCACCGGCGACACAAUUGCGCAGGUCCACCGCCGCAUCAUGGACCGCCGAAGCCGCGGUCCCGAAGCCGCCGACAACAAGGCUCUCAUACCAGAUCUAUUGCUGAACCAUGAUUUGCUUCGCUCGCUUCGUAUAGCUUCUUAUGGAUUCCUUCUCUAUGGGCCGGGCUCAUAUGCAUGGUAUCAGUUCCUCGAUCAGACUAUGCCCAAGCAAACAUUGGCGAGUCUGUCCACUAAGGUCGUACUGAACCAGAUUGUUCUUGGUCCUUGUGUUAUUGCUAUAAUUUUCGCCUGGAACAACUUAUGGUUAGGGAAAUUGUCAGAAUUGCCAUCUAAAUAUCAGAAUGAUGCCCUUCCCACUCUUCUCAAUGGGUUCAAAUUUUGGAUUCCAGUAUCAAUUGUUAACUUUGGGAUGAUUCCUUUGCCUGCUCGUGUUGGCUUCAUGUCCUCUUGUUCCAUUUUUUGGAACUUUUACUUGUCGACCACAAUGAACAAAUGAGUUUCUAGUUCUUAUCUUCAGAUUCAUGUAAUAGAAGAGAAUCUGGAGGAGCUUGUUUCGACUUACAUGUGACAUGGUGGUGUCUAGGGCAAUUCUGGCGGUGGUCUCUUCAAUUGACAGACAUUAUUGCAGAAGAUACAUUAGAGGUCGAUGGAAAACAUUACAGUUUUGUCUAUGUAUGACCAUGCAACCCUAAUUUGGCAGGGAAAGUGUUGUGAUUUUGAUCAUAUGUAUGAGCUUUACUUGUAUGACGAGGACAUGUUGGUGCAAGCCUCAGUGUUGUAAGUGCAAUUUUCCAAGUGGAACAUGAAUUAUGUCUUGGAAAUUUA